CUCAUUAUGACUUUUCUUCAUUUCUCUCCUUUUUCAUAAAUCAUCAUCAAUCCUUCAGCGAUUUUGUUUUCCAUUUCUUUCAAUCAAAACCAAAGAAUAAGUAAUCAAAUACUUGUCGGAGAUGGAAACCGGAUCUUCUUCUGGUAAUUUCAAGCUCCACGAUCGACUAGAGUUGCUGGAAUAUGAUGAUAGGUUAGUGGUUAAAUCCCUCGAAUCUCCUGGUGAAGGCUUUUCGAUUUGCCGUCGUCAAGGAAAUAUCGCGCCGCUAUCUGAGGCAUCUUCUUCUGGAAAACCAUCCAAAACCUCUACCAUUUAUGGUGUGGCUGGGACAAUUAGAUUGCUUGCAGGAACAUAUGUACUUGUAAUAACUUCCAGAAAGGAAGUUGGGAGUUUUCUAGGUUUCCCUGUCUUCCGGGUCGAAUCUAUGAAAUUCCUGGCUUGCAAUGAGGCUUUGAAGUUUUCCAAUUCUCAAGAAAAAAGAGACGAAGCUUACUUCAUGACUCUGUUGAAAACAGUUGAAACAACUCCUGGAUUGUACUAUUCAUAUGAAACAGAUAUAACAGUAAACUUGCAGAGAAGAUUUAAGUUAAUGGAAGGGUGGAUGAGCAAACCAUUUUGGCAGCAGGUUGAUCCUCGAUUUGUUUGGAAUAGACAUCUUUUGGAGGAACUUAUUGAGUACAAGCUUGAUCGGUUCAUUAUUCCUCUUCUACAAGGAAGUUUCCAAGUCGCUCAGCUAAAGUUGAAGAAUUCACCUGCCACAUUUACUUUACUUUCAAGGAGGUGUACAAGACGUCUGGGAACACGGAUGUGGAGAAGGGGAGCUAAUCUUGAAGGAGACACUGCUAACUUCAUUGAAACAGAACAGUUGUUGGAGUUUGAAGGUUUCAGGUGUUCAUCAUUGCAGAUACGAGGCUCUAUUCCACUGCUUUGGGAGCAGAUUGUUGAUUUAAGCUACAAACCACGGCUUAGAAUUAUUAAUCAUGAGCAGACGCCACAGAUUGUGGAGCGCCAUUUCAAUGAUCUUUUUCAAAGAUAUGGAGAAAUUAUAGCACUGGAUCUGACUGAUAAACAUGGUGAUGAAGGUCAACUAAGUGCUUCAUAUGCGGCUGAGAUGCAAAAGCUUCCAAAUGUGAGGUAUGUAUCAUUUGACUUUCAUCAUGUUUGUGGGAGCUCAAACUUUGAUAACCUGCAAAUUCUAUAUGAUCAAAUCUCCGAGGAAUAUGAAAAGCAAGGAUACUUCCUCAUAGACACGGAUGGCAGGAUCCUGGAGGAGCAGAAAGGAAUUAUCAGAUCCAACUGCAUUGAUUGCCUUGAUCGUACAAAUGUGACCCAGAAUUAUUUCGCUCAGAAGACUUUAAAUAUCCAAUUGCAAAGGCUAGGAGUAUAUACUUCUAAUGAAACCAUUUCUAUGUUCCCGGAAGAUUAUUUAAAGUUCAGAACACUGUGGGCUGAGCAAGGUGAUGAGAUAAGUCUUGAAUAUGCUGGAACUCAUGCUCUUAAAGGGGACCUUGUUAGAUAUGGCAAACAGACGGUUGCUGGACUUAUAAAGGAUGGAAUGAGUGCAUUAUCAAGAUACUAUAUGAACAAUUUUCACGAUGGAAUUCGGCAGGAUGCAUUGGAUCUUGUAAGUGGUCGUUAUACUGUCAGCAAAAGUAACCCUUCACCAUUCCAGCUUAAUAGUUUCGAAUCAUUCUCUUAUCUUCCAGUGGCUUCAGCUUUGGUGAUAGGUGGUUUGACACUGACAACCUUCUCAAUUCAGCAAGCGGGUCGAAACGCACAGCAUUAUGUGACUUCCUUUGUGUUGGCUGGAAUGACUGCUGGAGUGAUGGCUUUAGUCAGAACUAAUGGAAGGCAGUUUUGUUCUAGGCCUCGCUUGUGUCGCCUGUUGUAAACUACCACUGUGCUUCAAUUUGAACUCUCUCUAUGUACAUGUGUGUGCGCUC